AUGAAUGAAAAUUUGUGCAAUGGUGUAAGAUGCUACUAUGAUUACUAAUGUGACAGUGGCUAUUGUUCUAGCGAUGGUUAUUGUUCUUCAACUUUAGAACCUUGGCUGAUAUUGAUUAUAACUUUCUUCUCAGUGUUUUGCUUUUGCGGGAUCUGUGGCAGAAUUUGCGUGUAGAUGUUUGAAAACAGAGGUCACGGCUUCAUUCACAGAAGGAGACAUGAGUAUGUUGGUCUUUAGUACUCCCCUGAUUACAGAAGAACCAUUCACUCCGAGUAGUAUAUUCCUCCUCCACCUACCAUUCAUUCUUACUAAAGGUAAGUGGAGCACUAGUAGGUGCCUCCUCCAAUGGGUUACAAUGUAAGUAGUCAGCAGCACCCUCUUCCAGGUCCAAAUCCCUAUGUUUCUAGUUAAGUUGCUCCUGGGUAGCACGGGAGAGGACCUGUAAGCCAAUAAUAGGAAUAAUAAUUUUAGCAUCAACAGAAUCCUUAAUUUGACUAACAAAAUAGACCACUGGUCUUUUGA